AGCUGAAGUGGUAUCGCCUAAUAUACCACUUACCAGCGGCUAGGGUAAGACUCGAAGGAUAUCGUUUCACCGAGGCGACAGCGGGAAAAAAAGAGAGCUGAAUGUUGUUGUAAACACAACAUUAACAAGCUAUAUUAUAAACACUUUUGUUGUAAAUAAAGCAGUACAUUUGUGUUACCGUUAUAUAUUUAGCUUACGAUGUCUACUCCGGCAAGAAGACGAUUGAUGAGAGAUUUUAAACGGUUACAAGAAGACCCUCCGGCUGGCGUCAGUGGUGCCCCUUCCGAAAACAACAUAAUGGUGUGGAAUGCAGUCAUAUUCGGCCCAGAAGGGACACCUUUUGAGGACGGCACGUUUAAGCUUACUGUUGAGUUCACAGAAGAAUACCCUAACAAACCCCCCACAGUACGAUUUGUGUCAAAGAUGUUUCAUCCAAAUGUGUAUGCAGAUGGCAGUAUAUGUCUAGACAUUCUGCAGAAUCGAUGGAGUCCAACCUAUGAUGUUUCAUCCAUUCUUACCUCUAUUCAGUCUCUGCUAGAUGAACCAAACCCCAACAGUCCAGCAAACAGUCAGGCGGCCCAGCUUUACCAAGAAAACAAGAGGGAGUACGAGAAGCGUGUGUCGGCCAUUGUAGAACAGAGCUGGAGGGACAGUUGACCACAUCCUCUCCCUUCUGGCCUCCUCUAUCCCCAGCGCUGAGCUGUGUGUGAUGCGAGUUUGAGGAGUAAUCUUAAUUUAGAUUUUUUUUGUUUCUUCCAUUUUACUUUUACAUAUUUAUGCACUUUACCUGUCCCUUGUUGAAAAUGUUUUUUUCCUGACACGCUUGGAGUGGAGUUUUCGUUAUUUUUUUCUAUUUCUCCCUCCUGUUUUGGCUUAUCAGGGGACUUAUGUGCUGAAUCUUGUUUUUGUCGCCACCGUCUUCAAUUGAGGACAAUUUUUGGACGUCAAUUACCUGCCUCCUCCCUUCCCACACUGAAAUAAAUGAGUUGGACUGAUGUGUAAUGUUUGGAAGAAAUAUUCUAUUAACCAUGUUAACCUGCUUGUAGGUCCUUUCUUUUGUGUGCUCCCCUUACCCUUUAAUACAUAAGCUCAUUUUACAAAGCAGCAUCUGAGCUAUCAAGCUCAUUACCUUUCUUUGGAAAAUUGUUGUGUGUGUUUAUCCUUAAACAACCUGAUUCAGAACUAGACCCACAUGCUUAACCCAUGUCUUUGCUGUGUUGUGAGCUCUGUUACAUGCAUGACAGUGAUAGUGCGUUCUUGUUCUCUGUUCAGUAAGUACUCGUAUAUAGAACAUACAUCCUGAUUGUACAGAUUUUGCACUGGUUGUCCAUGUCACUUUUUCAGCAAUUGUAAAUAAGUCGUCAAAGCUA